ACCUGUUGUAGACGGGUAAAACUUCCUGCUGCACUACUUGUUACAUAUAUCGCUAGAUGGCCAUAUGCAAUCAGCUUUGUUUUUAGCAUACUUAUGUUUAAAUGGGGUGCACAACAAAACAAACCUUAAGGCUAGCAUUCCAUGGCAGUGUUUUAGCUAACAUUUUAUUGGUUAUCACAUUAGUAGGUUUGUUUAUUGUUCGCCAGACUCUUCGUAACCAAGACAUUCCGACUACUGCUAGCCCAGAAACUAGACCGGAGCCAUUAACAGACACAGCCGGGCAGAUAUGCAUCCCUUGCGACUUACAGGAGACAACUGAUACAUUGUACGAGUUCAUACUGAGACCAAACGAUAACAGUACACUCUGUUGUCUACCACAGGACGAUAACCUUCAGAAUACUAUUCUCGAGCUGCUGCACGGACAAAAUAGACCUAUCUGGAAUGCAGACGGACAAUUCGAUCUUAGAUGGUGGCGAGAAAGAAAUCAUGCUGCCCAUCUGUACGCGUACUUUAACAGUAAAGGUGUUGUCUGGAACACGCAUGCUCAUAAGACGUCGUUUGUACGAAAUCUUAAAUUGACCGAAGAUGGACAACUGAUGAUCCCAGAAUUUUCAGGAGCAGGCUUGUACUUUGUAUACUCCUUCUUUACCUUCGACUUCAGUGAUGUAGCCGACGGAAGUGAUCUGCCAGUAGGAAAUCACACUGUCUACAAGACCAGUUCUUCUAUCAUCAAUGGCGACAGGGAUCUUCUAUGGACAGCAAAAGUUGGAGGAAGGCACAAGUCUAAGAGGCAAACGAGCUUCCUUUGUGGUGUUGUUAACAUAAACAAAUUUGACAAAAUGGAAUCCGAGGCAACGACAUAUGUCGCUGGGGAAAACGUUACUCCAAACCACAUUAAUCGUGCACUCUGUUCUAACUUUUUUGGAAUGUUCAAAAUCCUUGAUUUUGGCAAUGCAUAAAGACAGAAAAAUAACUUUUUUUUAUUAUAUGUAAAUAUGUGAAACCCAGCUAUGAUGGUGUGUGUAUAAUAGAAUGACAUUACAAUUACUGAGGAAGCUUAGUCCGCAUGGGGCAACAGAGGUUACAUAUCAACAAAAACAGUUACAUGUAGUAGAGAAGCUGAUACUACAGGCUAAUAUUACUAUAUGCAUGAAGAAGUGGUGUGAGUUUAACUGUCACCUGUGUGACUGUGGAUUUACGGCUACUGGAAGGGACAUCUCAUUUCGUACUUUCACUUUCUACCAUAACCACUUCAGACAUAUAUUGCUUGUCACUCUUUACAUACUUUAUAAAACAUGCAGUUCUCCUUAUUUUCGUUAGUCUGUAAAGAAGUUUCAUGAACUGGUACAGCUCACUCCUUUACUUUCUAUCCGUCUCUUUUCUUUACAAACUUGUUUAUGUGUAAGGUGGGUGCUUGUUGUCUAUCAAUCAUGUUUGUAUUGUCUGGACGAAGCUUGCGAGGCUGACCCUAAAUCAUACCGUGUGAGUAAGAGUUAUGCAUGUUGCAUUGUUAUGAUUGUCUAUUGUAUUGUUAUCAACUUUCUAAUGUGUUAUAUAUUAAAAUAAGUUUAAACAUUA